GAUUUUCGGAUUUUCGGGUCGAAAACUACAAGAUUUGAUAAACUUUAACCAAAAGAAACGAGCUCCUAAAACAGAGUUCCAAGAAAUAGAAUUGAUCGAUACCCUAUUGUCGAUAAAUGUAAAACGUACGUCCAAAGUACGUCUUUACGCCGCACUGUGACGACACCUUAGCCUUGUAGAAAAGGAUGAAAUAACUAUAAUCGUCAUUAUCUUUAUCCUAAUCGCCUCGUUUAUGUCGCGGACGUGCCGUAGAGUUUAGUACAGUUUAGUAGCGGUUUGCAGCGGUUUGCUUGAUUGUCGAAAAACACGUGUGAAGUACAAUGAAUCUGGAGGCGUACAAAGAAAUUGUGGCAACAUGUGCCUCGAUUUCAACUAUGGGACAAAUGUUGGCUGGAACAUUAAUAUGCAAGGAUAUUUAUCAAAAGGGUUCUUCACAAGGUGUUGAUCCAAUGCCAUUUUUGGGUGGUAUAGGAAUGUGCAUUUUGAUGCUUCAGUAUGCAUUGAUAGUGAGGGAUCCUGCGAUGAUUAAUGUUAACGUUUUUGGAUUACUCACAAAUGUAGCGUACAUGGCUGUGUAUUAUUAUUUCACACCACACACGAAGGAUACACGUACUUUAAUAGGCAAGGCAGCAGUUUUUGUAGCGGCCUUCCUUGUGUAUGCUCAAGUGGAAAAUCCUGAGAAGAUUGAAUUCCGAUACGGUUUAAUUGUGACAGCAUUACUGCUCCUCCUAAUAGCAUCCCCACUCGUGCAUCUUUUUCAGAACGUCGUAGGUUUUACCCUUUCUGUGAUACAACUGUCAUUGUUUGCGAUAUAUCCAUCGAAAUCGAAAAAAGACAGCCAACGCAAGACAGAUUAAGGAGAAAAUGUAAAGAAAUUAUAAUUGUCUUAUUUAAAAGAAGAUGUAUGUAUAACCAUUUUUUAAGAAGAUUCGAAAGACGUUUCAAGGGAAACGAUAAUUGCUUUUACAUAAAUUAAUUACGAUUAAUAAUUAAUAAUCAUUAAUGAUAUAUAAUGACAACGAAAAUAAAGCCAUCGCUAACAUAAAGUGUAUAAUUGUCGAGAAACGUGUUACCUCAAGGUAUCGAGAUGAUCCUAUGCGCGUGCAAUCCAGUAUUUUAGUAAAUAUAAAUUGUAUGUACAAAUAGGAAGAUUUGUUGUAGGUUACAUUACUAAACCAGAAAGAAUAAUUGUAACACUAUUUUACUUAGGCAAUUGUUUAAAUAAAUACAUUUAUUUUUGAUUGA